UGUCUGGUCAAAAUGGCGGCAGUAUUUAAUUAUUUUUGUUUGGCUAUUUUACUCGAUUUCAGCAGUGGCAAGCAAGAAAUAUACAAGAUAAACGACGUUAUUGCUGCAGAUUAUGACUUACCAAGUCUUCCGUAUGAAUAUGAUGAACUUGAACCUUACAUUGACAAGGAAACGUUGAGAGUUCAUCACCAAGGACAUCACGCAUCUUAUACAAAGAAGUUGAAUGCUGUUCUAGAAAGCUGGAGACAGUAUAAUCAUUCUUGGCCAGCAGAAGAGUCUAUCCAGACAAUUUUGAUAGCUAUUGAAAAAAUUCCUCAGCAAUAUAAAUCUGCAAUAGUCAACAAUGGUGGAGGAUUUGUGAAUCAUAAUUUAUACUGGUGGGUCAUGUCACCAAACCCUGACGGAGAAGAGAGAAUACCUUCUACAAAUCUGAUGACUGAUAUUGAAAGAAGUUUUGGCAGCUUUGAUAAAUUUAAAGAAGCAUUUACCCAGAAAGCUCUGUCCUUGUUUGGAUCAGGUUAUGUAUGGUUGUCAAGGCAACCAACAGACAAGAUGCUCAUUAUUUCAACAACAGCCAAUCAGGAUUCUCCAUUGUCACAAGGACUCUGCCCAAUUUUAGUGAUUGAUGUAUGGGAACACGCCUACUAUUUAAAACAUAAAAACAAGAGACCUAAUCACAUCUCUGAUUGGUGGAAACUUGUGGACUGGAAAAAUGUAGAAGAACUAGAUUCUUGGUUUAUGAAAAAUAAAGGACACGAUGAACUAUAA